AUGGGGACGGAGGUGGUGGAGGACUUGAGGAGGAAGGGGGCGGAGGUGGUGUACGGGGCGGAGGCCUGCUACAAGCACUCGCAGGAGCUGCUGGAGGAGAUGGGGUUCCCGGGGGGGGUGAUGCCGAUGAAGAACCUGGAGGAGUGCGGACUGGUGAAGGAGACGGGGUUCGUGUGGAUGAAGCAGAAGGAGCCUUACGAGCACUUCUUCAAGGGGACGGAGACGCUGGUCAGGUACUCCCGGGAGGUGACGGCGUACGUGGAGAAGAACCGCAUGAAGAAGAUGACCGGCGUCAGGAGCCGGCAGCUGCUGCUGUGGGUGCCCCUCUCGGAGAUGAGCAUCGACGACCCAGAAGGUCUCAAGAUCACCUUCAACACCCCCAUGGGCAUCGGCCGCUCCUACCCCCGCUCCGCCUUCCUCGAAGAAGAAGAAGAAGGCGGCGAGCCCCAGAAGCAGUGA